AUUUCUUUGGUGUUUGGGGAGAGCAGUCUUUCUGGGUGUCUUCGUGAAUGAAUGGUGGCUGGCCACCAACCCAGGGGAAAGCAAAGACUCAAACACUGCCAAAGUCCAAAGCCCACUGAAGAUAAAUAAAAUUUCUACAGAUUAAUCUGUUUAAUAUUGUGUGAACAGAGCCAAGGCAACAUGUACAAGUUGGACCUGCCCCUUGACCCCAAGGAGAUUGCAUCCAUCGAGCGGAGGAGAAACGCAGAGGCCCAGCGCCAGAGCCGCAUUUUCAAUGCCAGGCAGAGGACCAUCGGGGUGGACACCCCGUUUCUGGAUCAGCAAGUACUGGAUAAGAUGGCAAGAGAGGACAGGGAACGUCUGCGGGACAAAGCUUUUGAUGCAGACAGCCUCCGCUAUGACAAGACCGCCCAGCUCCUUGAGACACAGGAACAGGACAGAGUCCGCCAGCUGAACCGGGAGGUGGAAGAAUUCUGGACCCGGUACCAGAGGCCAGAGGACCAGCGGGAGUUCGACCUGUGGGACCCACAGCUGCUGAAGAAGGACAAGCCGGCCCGGGUCAGUGAUGAUGACCCCCGCUGCGGACCCUCCAGCUUGCAGAAGUUUGAGGGUGAGGACCUAAACGAGAGGGCGCGCAAGAAGCUGCAGCAGCAGGAGGCACGCAAGUGGCUGACAGCACAGAAACUGGAGAGGCAGAGGCAGGAGCGUGACCAGAAGUUCGCAGAUGACCUGUACCACAAGAAGGAGAUGGAGCUCGACCAGAGAGCCACCGAUCUCGCCCAGAUGGAGGAAGAUGCGCGCAGAGCCCUCGCCACUGCCACCCUCAACUACAACAUGGCUUUGGCAGCUGAGCAGGCAGCAGCGAGGGAAGCCGAGGAUCGGCGGGAGACGGACGAGAAGUUUGCAGAAAUCGGGAACCACGUGUACGGGGACAUCCUGACGGAGAAUCCCGAGGUAGCGGUCAGUGCCUUUGGCCCCCACCGUGUGGUCACGGACCGCUGGAAGGGGAUGAACCCGCAGCAGCUGGAAGAGAUCCGUCAGCAACAGAAGCAGCAGAUGGAGGAGAAUAAGAGGCUCCGGAUGAAAGAGGCGCAGAUCGACGCCGAGUGGGACCAGCAGCGGACACUGGCAGCGCGGGCAGCCAUGGCACUGGAGCAGCAGGAAGUGGAGGAAGAAAAGAGACUGAGGCAGGAGCUGGACAGGUAUAACAACCAGCUGGCCAAGGAACAGCUUGCACAUCAAGUCUACCUGGAUAAGGAGGUUUACACAAACCCGCCCACUGCUCAGUACUUCCUGCAGUUUAACACAUCCAGCCGUUGAUAAGAGAGCGCAGGUACCAGACUGCGAGCAGCGGAGAUGCCGUUACAGGAUAUUGGCGCUGGCUGACACGACCAGCUGACCCUUCGAAUGUUUGUAAACUGCAGGUUGGACACUUUCUCUUUGUUUCUCUGUGUUACCCCAACAACCUGCAGGACACAGGCGAACAUUAUUGGUGGCUGGGGAGAUCGGACUUACCCACCAGCCUCAGAGACCAACGCCAUCGCGAAACCGUAGUUUCUUUUUUCUUUUGCGUGCCAGAAUAAAACAAACGUGAAA